CGCUCUCAGAAGAGGUUCACUUACAUCGCCAGUUCAAGAGCUCCUCCCGCUUUAGAUUAACUUCUAAAGUGCUAAAAAUUUACAAGAAUAACACGGUGAUGGGGAACAAUGAGAAUGGCAGUGCUGAGUUAAGACCAUUAGCUGAGAGGAUGAAGAUUGAGAAUUUCGGCCCUUCCAUGGGUGAAGAUGGCAUUACUCAUCCAGUCACCUCCUUCACAAUUUUUUUUCAAAACAGUGAAGACAUGAUCUCGCAGAUGCCAAACAUUUGGCCUACAGUGGAAUCUAGUUUGGAAGACUAUGGUAUAUCAUGCUCGCUUGAUAUGGUUGAGUGUUCCAUGACAGUUUCAACUACAACAAAGACCAGGGACCCAGAUUUUAUUGUCAAGGCUAGGGACCUUACUGAACUUUUGUCAUUACAGAUUCCACUGCGUGAGGCAAUAAGAAUACUGGAUGCCGACGUGCGAUGCGACUUCAUUGAAAUUGGACCUCUGAGACAAGGGCUAUGCGCAAAAUAUGGAAUUAACGAGGAGCAAUUUACAGAACGGUGGAAACGUUUCCUAGGCCCGAAUAACACCUGCAUCAAGAAUAUUCAGUGUCUCUCAGGCUGUUAUAUAUCUGCUCAUGGCCAUUGCACUGUUUCUGUAAUUGGUAAAUCUAAAGGACUAAAGAUGGUCAGGAAAAUUCUGGUAGACUGCAUGCGAAAUAAAAUGCAUCCUACUGUCCAUAUCAGAAGGAUCCGGAAGAAUAAUCGAGAUGAGCGCGAACUUACCAAGAAGCUAUAUGACCAAGGUGGAUAUAGAAGUAUCAUGGAGGCAGCAGCAUUGAUGAAAACCACAUCAGAUUUUCAUGAACGUAUUUCUACAAAGUUUGUUGAGACUCUGCAUCAGAUCCAAGACUCGGAUAUAGAGGCGAUUGCGGAUAAGUUCAGGUCUUCGGAAUCUCUAGAAGUGCAUGUUAAUGCUGAAGAUACCCUUUGUGCUGUAAUGAGACUGGCCCCACCUGGACUUGCUAGUAAAUUAUGUAGUCCAAUUUUUAUAAAAAGAUUUCUUGAGUAUGCUGUGGAGAACUCUCACCGAAAGUCGGUUCUCACCAGCUCAUUAUCGGUUUGUAUUGAAGCUUUGAGAAGAAAUGCUUAUGAAAGCCAGCCUGCUUGUGGAUCUACAAUUACUGUUAAGAACGAAAUUGUUGCAGUCAUGCUCGACAACCUAGGUGAUUUAUUGAAUCUUUUAGAUGUGUCAUCAGCAGACAAUAUGUUGUUAACUACAUAUGGCAGAUUGCAGCCGCCUCUUGGAAAACAUCGUUUGAAGAUUGUAGAGUUCAUUUCAGUAUUACUUACAGUUGGCAAUCAAGCUGCUGAGAAGCAAUUGCUACAUAGUGAAGCAAUAUCAAGAGUUUUAGACUUGUUUUUUAAGUACCCGUAUAACAAUUUUUUGCAUCACCACGUAGAGAACAUAAUCGUAUCAUGUUUGGAAAGCAGAAAUGGUCCUCUUGUACAACAUGUUCUUCAUGAAUGUGAUCUUGUUGGAAAAAUACUUGAAGCAGAAAAGAAUUCCACACUGGCUGCUGAUUGUGUUACACCAACGAUCCCUGUUAACGGUAGAUCUCCGCCUAGGAAUGGCAAUAUUGGACAUUUAACGCGCAUAUCCAACAAAAUCAUUCAACUGGGAAACAACAAUAAGGAGAUUCAGGGAUAUAUGCAGGGAAACAGCGGCUGGACUGAAGGGCACACAGAUGUACUAUUAAAGCGUAAUGCAGUGGAGAAUGUCUCCCGGUGGGAGUGCGGGCGGCCAGCAUGAUCUCUGGACCGUGUACUGAGCUAGUAGUUUGCUAUCAGAGCACACCUAGAUCGGAGACUGGAAGAGUAACUUUUGGAAGCUUUCCAUAUCCCAAUCGAGUUUAUGUAUUUACUGAUGUGUUUUAUAUGAACACUUUGGAAAUUGUGGAACCAUGCUGCACUUGAUAAUUCUCAUGUGGCAGGGGGUGACAUAGCUUACAAAUCCCCAGCUUUACAAGAUCGAGUUUCAAUUUAAGACUGAAAAUACGAGCGAGCCGCAUCCAGGGAGCCUCUCCUAUGAUUUUCAGCCUUGGUUUUGAACUUUGCUGGGUUGUUUUCUUGGAGGGAGAAGAUGUGGUCGGAUAGUCCCCAAAAUAGGAUUGCCGGUAGUUUACUAUAUUAACGAGUUGUAUCACUUUUAUCAGAAAUUGUUGUCAUGUUUACUUUUAUAACCAGUACAGUCAAACAUAAUUUU